CUAUCGGCAUGUCUUGAGCGCCACAACGGCUGCAACAAUCGCACCAGCUUCAGACCAGAGCGACUCAUCGAUCUCACUGGAAGGAACCCAAGGCUGCGUCUAGAGAGUCAACUAGUAGAAAACGAGUAUAUCGAAUACGCUACUCUAAGCCACUGUUGGGGCAAGCCUCAAACUAGAAGCUGCCAACUGACAACAUUGACGCUGGUCGAUGUCAUGUCCGUGAUACCGCUCGAGAAACUUUCCAAAAAUUUUCGCGAUGCAAUAGCGAUUUGCAAAGAAUUGAAAAUACAAUAUAUCUGGAUCGACUCUUUGUUUAUAAUACAAAGAGAUGCUGCAGAUUGGGCGGCAGAGUCUAUUACGAUGGUCAACGUUUACGGUGGUGGUAUACUCAACAUUUCUGCGUCUGGAGCUAGUGAUGGAAGCCAAGGAUGCUUUUUUGAUCGAAAGGAUAUGCGAAGAUGCCAAUUCCCGCUGAAGAUCAAUAAAUAUAAACAUGUCCUCUACGAUAGCUAUCUCCAUUGUCCACUGGAGGCUCGAGGCUGGACCCUGCAGGAACGACUCCUUUCGCCGCGGGCCGUACACUUUACACGCACAGAAGUCUUUUGGGAAUGUAAUACCCAAUUCGUGAGUGAAAGCUCUCCAUUC